UCAUCAGCCUGCGCGGCGGCGCUCCAGCAGCAGCCGCCGCCGCCACCGCCGGGAGCUCGAUGGGCUUCUCCUGCGCGCCGCCCUGUGUCUGGCCAAGUCCAAGGAGCCGCGGCGCCUCGUGCCGGGGAGCCAUCGUUGCAGCCCGAGGCUGGGUCCCGGCUCAAGGGCUGCAGGGGGAGCGAGGACGGCGGCGGCAGCCGGAGCCCCACCGGAGGCCUGGGACUGGGGAACUGCCUCCGGCUUCACGGUCAGUUGGAUGCCAGUAUGGACAGAAUAGCUUAUGAUGCUUAUCCCCACCCACCACUUCCGAGAUAUUGAGCGGAAGCCAGAAUACCUCCAGCCCGAGAAGUGCGUUCCACCUCCCCACCCCAGUCCUGUGGGAACCAUGUGGUUUAUCCGCGACGGCUGUGGCAUUGCCUGUGCCAUUGUCACCUGGUUUCUGGUCCUCUAUGCGGAGUUUGUGGUCCUCUUUGUCAUGCUGAUUCCAUCCCGAGACUACGUGUAUAGCAUCAUCAAUGGAAUUAUGUUCAACCUGCUGGCCUUCUUGGCCCUGGCUUCCCACUGCCGGGCCAUGCUGACGGACCCCGGUGCAGUGCCCAAAGGAAAUGCCACUAAAGAAUUCAUCGAGAGUUUACAGCUGAAGCCUGGGCAGGUGGUGUACAAGUGUCCCAAAUGCUGCAGCAUCAAGCCCGAUCGAGCCCACCACUGCAGUGUUUGUAAGCGGUGCAUUAGGAAGAUGGACCACCACUGUCCCUGGGUCAAUAACUGUGUCGGCGAGAACAACCAGAAGUACUUCGUCCUGUUUACAAUGUACAUAGCUCUCAUUUCCUUGCACGCCCUCAUCAUGGUGGGAUUCCACUUCCUGCAUUGCUUUGAAGAAGACUGGACAAAGUGCAGCUCCUUCUCGCCCCCCACCACCGUGAUCCUCCUCAUCCUCCUGUGCUUCGAGGGGCUGCUCUUCCUCAUUUUCACCUCAGUUAUGUUCGGGACCCAGGUGCACUCCAUCUGCACGGAUGAGACGGGCAUUGAGCGCCUCAAACGAAAGCACCAGCCCAGGGAACACACGGGCAGCUGGAAGUCAGUCAAAGAGACCUUUGGUGGGGACUUUUCCCUGAACUGGUUCAACCCCUUCUCCGGACCGUGUCAUCCAAAGCCUCUCAGUGACAGUGACUGGGUGCGACAGGUGGCAUCGCUGUCAGACACUGAGAACACAGAAACAACAGAGGAGCAGUCAGAGGAGAGGAAGGACGAGGACUCCGUGGAGGUGAUAGAUGAGUGACGCUGUGGGGAGAGGGCCAGACACUGCGCAGUCAUGUCACCCUGGAUGCUGGCGUCGUGGCCACGGGGCUUCUGGGUACCACAUGCUCCCCUGUACCCGCUGCUCCCCUCAUACCACCCUCCUGGCCUUGCUGUCCUCUGACCCCUCCUCCCUCUCCCCACGUUGGAUUAGGUCAGGGGGUGGGGGUGGACUAGGGGUGACAGAGGAGGAUGAGAGAAUUGCUCUGAGCUCAUCUGCCCGUGAGGGAUCAUCAGGAACCAUUCUCUGAGGCUGGACACCCUUCACAGCCUGCACAGUCCCACCCAGCAAAGGAAACUCUGAACAGGGCAGCCCGGGGGCAGAAAAGAACUGGCCUCUGUCCUUUCUUGGGAUGUCUGUCUUCUCUUCAGAAGGUUGGGGCCCAGGAUCCUGGCUUUUGAGACUCCUGGCUUUUGAGAACUAAGACUGUGAGGUUGUGAUGGAAGAACAGAGCAGGGCUGGCCUUGGGAAACUGGGGUGGGACGCUGGCAUCAGGAGAGACAGGGCUGGAAAGGCUGCAAGGAUCCUGGUCACUCCCCAGAAAGGGCUUCCCCCUGGUGCCUGCCUAAACUAGGAGAAAGGCACGGCGGCCUUGGCUAUCUUCAGGGCUCAGGCUUCAUUUGAGAGAGGACCCUAACACUAGGCUGUACACACACACACACACACACACACACACACACACACACACACACACACACACAUACACACACACACACACACACACACACACACACACACACACACACACACACACACACACACACACACACACACACACACACACAGCAUGCCCAGGUUGGAAACAAGCCUGAGUUGCAACAGUAGCACCCAAACUUAGCUCCCAUUCCAUACAUACUAGAAUCCCUGAGUCAGCUCGGAGGUGUCCUGCCUUGUGGCUAAAAAUCUGUCCAUUCCAAGUGGAGGGUCAGGGGGAGAACCUAUUUAGAACUACUGGAACUCUGACCUCUCCCAUGAGAAGUGCAUUUAACUGUCCCCCCUGGAGAGAGUCUAACCACCCACAUGGGCAAAACGGACCAGAAAUCUAGCCUGAGUGUUUUAGGCCAGUUCUCCCAAGACAGUGUCCAUCAUGUCUCUCUGAAAGGAUGGGUGGGGGCCAGAGCCUGCAGACUGAGAAGCAGGAAGCCCCCACCACCACCACCACACAGACACCCCCUACACUACCAUGCUGAAUCGGGGCCCUGGUCGCCCCAUUUGAAGCCUGAGGUGUCCGUGAUCAUUACUGAAGGCCUGAGCAGGACUUCUUGAGUUCUGAAACCCUGUUCUGAUAGUUGCUGAAGGAGCAUCUUCUGCACAAAGUCCAACAGAGGGUUGGUGCCUCAUUUGAGAGCUCUUUACCCGCGCUCCCCAGUGUGAGCCUUCGUUCUCUCUGGCCUGUUGCCCCAGUGUUGACUGACAGCAGCAGCAUCGGAGGGCUCAGGCACAGAGGCGGAGCCUGCCCAUGCGAGGUCUCUGCCCCUCUCCCAGCUCCAGGCAGGAGAGCAUGAGUCCUAGUCCAGAAAGGCCUGUAGCCCCAGUUACACAGGGCGGAAGGUCAGCAUUAGGAGGGGCAGCACAGGACACUUAGGUCACUGUGGUGACCAUGGGAAAGAAAGGAGGGUGAGGCAGCGGCCUGGUUCUCGGACAGCAUCCUUGGGCAUUCCGCUAAAGGGGGGUGAUUCUGUUAGAGAGACACUGCUGUCUACACCCAAUGACCCACAGGCUCUGGGGUUCAUUUCUGAGGGACCACUUCUGUCCUAAUCCCAGCUCUCUAAUGAUGUCCCAUGAGAGAGGUGACGGCAGGACUCCAGCAUUGACAGAGCAACUGGAAAGGCAUGGGGCCUUCCACACCCAGGUUGUAGGCCUCUAUUUUGGGUCCAUAUCAGCUUUAAUAUUUAUUAUUGACAAUGUAAGGGACCCCCAGCAUGCUCUGAAGCCUGUUGAGUCUGGGCAGGGUGUGGCCAUGGAGGCCUGCUAUUUUUUGUCCUCACCCAAAAGGCAUCCUGCAGUGCAGGCAUGGUGGAUUGUACACCAAAGAGACUCCACACUGGGGAAGGAAAGCAGUACCAACCCCUGGAAUCCCUGGGGAGACUGCAGUUACAAUAAAGGAAGAAGGUUCACUGGUCACUGUUUGUGGAUAGCUUCAGUCUCUGCUGAGUCCAAGCCUGAGGUCAAAGGCAUGCGCUAAGCCACAGGGCCCUUGAGAAAUGUCCUUACACGAUAGGUUUGAAACUGGUCUUCCUCUGGCCAGCUUGGCCUGAAAGCAGAGGUACCCACCGACCCCAAAGACAGUUCUGUUUUCAGAUUCGUGGGUGGGGAGGUGUUUUACCUGCACAGAGUAGGACCCAGCCCCCAAUCCUCUCACUGGGCCCAUCUCCCUCCACACUAGACCUCAGGCAUGUCAGACCCUGUCCUGUGAGGGCUGGACCUGGCCCCAGCCAGGCUGUGUGGGAGUAACCUACCCAACCCUAAGGCUUGUGACCUUGCACCAGUGACACAGUGGCCUCUCCACGGCAGCUGUCGACAGCAAAAUAUUCCGCUUAGCCCCAAACCUUCAACAUGGCAAAUGAUAUCAAAACAAGAUGAGGGCUACAGAGCGGGGCUGGGUGCAAGCUUCCACCUCUUUGAAUAAAAGCUCUCUGGUCCACCUUGGUCACCAAAGUCUCAUGCCUUCAGCUGGAACAGCCAGUUCGGACCCAUGGGCAGUGUCCUGCCUCUCAGGUCACCUCAAGGACACCUCUAAGCCUCUUCUCUCCCAUUUCCUGCACGAGAGACAAGUGUCACACAGCACAUUGCCAGCUACACUCCUGUCUCUGGAUCAUUUCCCUGUGGUAUCUCCAGCAGGAAGAAAAGUCACCUUUCAUGCAGCAAGCAUUUAUUGUGCACCUACUGUGGACAUUGGGGCCAAGAGUGCCCAGAAUUGAAGGUCUUUGACUCUAGAGCCCAGGUCCCCACCUCUUAAUUUCAUGCAGAUUACAUGUAAAAUACCUCAUUCAGUCCAUGAGGUGCCUCUGCCAGAGAGUGUCCAGUUGGGGUUAUGGCCUUAGAGAGAGGGGCAGGCGUCCCGAACGGGGUCCAGAACAAAGAAGUCAGACCCCUCAGAGAGAAAGAGAGUCCCUUGACCUGGGAAGUUUGGAGGAUCAGAUGACUCUCCAAUACCCACGUGAUCCCAGCAUAAGACACUAAGAAGCUUGUUCACAGAAAGAAAAAAGUGACCCAGGGGACCGCAUAGUCAUCUUGAAGCCAUCAGAGCUUAAUUAAAAGCACAUUGAGCAUCAUUUGAGACUUCUCUGGAGGGUAGCUCCAGGAGAACAGUUUCAGGUAACAGAAGGGCUUUCCGUUGGCACAAGGAGGUGCCUUCUCCUAGGAUAACAACCGCCCCUGAGAAGGAACAGACCUCUGCUUGAGGGAAGGGGGGUGCUUCUGGCCAGGGUUCUUUCUCCUGGGCUGGGCUGCCUUUCUCCUGGGGCCACCUAUCUUUGUCUGAGAGCCUGUUGGCCGGCCUGAGACCAUCUCUGGUGGGUCCCUGUACUGCUGCCUGCAGCUCUGCUUCCAGGCCAGCCCUAUGGGCCCACCAGCACUGGUGAGAUGAAGUGAUGGGCAAGGCAGAAGUGGGGCGCCUCUUGGGAUGUCUUCUUUAUUUGUUUUCCUUAUUGCUUUGGCUGUGUUGUGUCUUAGUUGUGGCACACAGGAUCUUCAUUGAGGUAUGCGGGAUCUUUUGUUACAAUGUGCAGUCUUCUCUCUAGUUGCAGCACGCGGGCUUCUCUCUAGUUGUGCGUGCAGGUUUUCUCUCUCUAGUUGUGGCGCGAGGGCUCUCUGUUGAGGUGUGCGAGCUCAAGUGUUGUGGCGCGUGGGCUUAG